AUGCUAGAUCUGCACAACAAAAUCCACCCGUAUGUGCCGGAAGAGUUCCAAGAUGAUCCUAUCUAUGCAAAGCCAAGUGAGCUGCAACAGGAAGACGCUAAAGCGGCCAAACAAGCUCGUCGAGAACACCGAGCUUCAAUGGUUGCAGCAGCGAAGGCUAACCAGGACCGCCGAGGCAGGGACGUUCAGGAUGAGAUUCGUCCUACUCCCAAGACGGCUCGUAAACAAAGCAGAUCUAUUCUGCAACAGACACAUUUUGUUUAG